GUAUGAGCGUGUGGAAGGGAGGGGAGCCCCCGUAACAGAGCCCUAAGCUGAAGGAGGGGAUGUGUGAGUGUAGAGGGACUGAAUUUUGGGAGUGGGGAGCUGGAACAGAGGGCUGGCUUAUGGCACAGCUUUGCAUUUAUCCUUCUCUGGUCUGGUUGGGUAUCUUGAGCACAAAUACCUAUUUAAGGAUUCAGAAACAUUGCAGUGCCUAAAAGAAGAGGAAAAAAAACCUUUGAAGCAUCUCAAAAAAGUUGUAUUUUCCUCAUGCUGCAUGAAGGACCAAUGAAUGAAGUGUUCUUGUGGUAGAAGACAGUGGCUGCUUCUUAUUUUUCAACAGAAGCUGCCUUUGAUUAAGAGCUUAACACAGACUAUGUGAAGGACUGAUAAUUUUCUAGCACAAAGGGAGUAGCUAUGUCUAGGCAUUUUAUCUCGGAGAAGGUUUUCUCUGAUGUGCUCUCCUACCCUCUGCCUGUUUCAGCAGAUGCUCAGGAAAAGGAGGAUUCUGUUAAAAGCCCAGACUACAUAGAAAGACUGGCACGAAAUUACAUGCAGAAGUGCACAGUGGAGUCAAGCACAGAGUCCGAGUCUGAAUCCAGGGCAGAGGUUGUGCCUAGCCCACUUGCUGGAGGAUCCAAGAAAGCAAAGCAGGCCAGAGGACUACAAUUUUUAGAUCCUUAUGACGGUGAUUCAGAAGAUGCCUCUGUUCACACUGACUGCGGUAUAAGAGAUGCACCACGGACAAACAGUGCCUCAAAUGCGAUGCCUUUGGAGGAUGCUGAUACUUCAGAAGAUGAAGAAUCCUUCCCUAACCCUCCAAACAUCAGUGAAAUUCAGGCAGUAAAUUACUGCAGAGCAGCCCUGGAGCUUCCCAGCCUCCAGAGGGAUCUGUUGCUGCCUCCAGCCAGAGAAGCUUUUACCCCCACGGGGCUGGCACCUGACCACGCCUUACUGAUGGCUGUUAACCCUUCAGUCCCUGCAGAGCUCCCUUCCAUCCCGGCUGACACUGCUCCACAGCCCCUGCUCACAGCUCGCUGUGAUGGCACAAUGGCAGAGCAGCCUGUAAUUAAAAGAAAAGGGAUUCCUGUUCCAGAGGGUGCUAGUGAAAAACUAAAGAGAAAGAAAUUCCGUGCAACUUAA